CCCAAUUUUGUAUAGUAAUCAGGCGAAUCCAAUAUACGAUAAUAAUACAGACAAUAGGACCAUUGUUUUGGUGGUUCAUAAACCUUCUCGUCAUUCUUUUUCUCUGUCAAACACCACGUCUCUCUGACUUAGAAAUUAAACCAUCUUAGAGCAAGUAUGUGGGCUGUUCUGAUUCUUGCUGUUUUCGUAUCCAUGGCCUGCCUGCCUGAGGGUGAAGCUCACCCGUUAAAUUCAAUAGGGCGAUAUUAUACCUUACAUGAAGAUCAUGGACACCACGCCCAUAGACCAGAACAUGAUGAGGACGACUUCUUCAAUCAUGACAGACCUUUACAUUCGGAACAUGGCCACGACUCCCACAGCUUUGACCAUGACGAUGGCGCAUCGUACAGUGGUUUCCUACCUCCUUUACAACAUAAUUUUGGCAUCGUAUCUGGGUACGGCAGACGUUAGACAGUCCGCCGCUACUACAUAGAUGAAGUAUAUGUCCGUUUAAUUGUUGGGUUGUAUUAUUUAAUUAUAUUUAAAUAAGUCGUU